UUUUGAAUCAAACGCAGACCGAAACUAAAGUUUCCGCGCCCUCCUUGUACAGAUUUUCAUCGACAACGAUAGUGCUAGCUACAGAUUAGUGUUGCAUUCCCGUCAAGUUCAAAUUUUAGAAAUGGCCCUGUUAUCCAAUGUACAUUCUGGAUUGAGCGACCCAACCACAAGCCCCCAAAAGAAGGUGUACAUCACCAACGGUUAUGUGUAUUAUCAUUACAAGUGUGAUGGUUACAAUGACGUGGUGAGUUAUUAUUACACGGCGUGGGAGCAAAGAACUUUUGAAUAUUCGUUGACCCCGUUACAGGGAUGGGGCUGUGGUUAUAGGACACUGCAAACUAUUGCCUCCCACCUUUCACUUCAGCAAGGUAAAGUUGGACAAGUUCCAACUCUCAUGAAAAUUCAAGAAACAUUAGUUGAAAUUGGAGACAAGGAACUAUCUUUUAUAAAAUCAAGAGGAUGGAUUGGAAGUUUUGAGGUUUGCUUAGUAAUUGACAAGCUUUUUGAUGUUCCUUGUAAAAUCCUUCAUUGUCCUUCUGGUGUAAUGACAAGCAUUUUUCCGAAACUGGAAGAACACUUUGCAAAAUCAUCAUCCGCCCCGCCAAUUAUGAUGGGAGGUGACAAAGACGCUUCGUCGAAAGGUGUUUUGGGCACCUGUUCUGUUGACGAUAACCGGUGGUUGCUGGUGUUGGAUCCUCAUUACCAAGGGGGCCAAACAUCUGCUGCCAAGCUUCAAAGAGAGGGGUUCGUCAGAUGGACACACUUGAGUGAGUUUGAUAAGCAAUCGUUUUAUAACAUAUGUCUUCCCCAAUUUAGCAACGUCUUAUGUACAAUAUGACAUAUCUGUUAUGUAUAUAAAAUAUGAAAACAUGCAUUAGGUAAUUAGAUAUCACUUUAAAGUUCAUGCAGUAAUAAGCUUAUUCAACUAGUUG